AUGGACUUUUUUCCUCAGGAGAACUUUGAUGGUUCAGCCGACUCCUUUGAAGUUGGAACGAUCAAGCACCUGGUACUCAACACCAAAUACAAGUCCAUCCGAAUGGGCAAGGAUGCCGGCCUCAUGGUGUGGGCCGAAAACCACCCCGUCCCGACCGUGAAAUGGACCACCGACAAGGCGUCCUUCCAAGGCGACGAGAAGCUCUACGAGUGUUUCGAGGUCCUCGCCAUCGGUGCCAAGCCAACCUUCAUCAUCGGCAUUCGCUUCAAGGACACCACGGGCGCCGCGCCUGGCCGCUACCUGCUGACCGUCAAGGCCGCCAACAUUGGCGACGUGAAACUAAAGUCGAAUGAGGUCGACACAUUCACCCCCGUGGGAACUAUGCCGUUUGACGGCAAGGACGUCACGACCGCCAUCUACGUGCGCGACACCGUGAGCAACGUCUAUGUGGCGACGGGAUCCAUUUACUUUGGCAAGAACCAGGCCGAGGGCAAGGCCGAGAUCAAGGAUGACACGGACUUCCCGAAGCAGCUGAAGCACGAGCAGAGCGGCAGCAGCGACUUUACCAUCACUCUUGUCUCGACAGCAGAGUAG